UUUUCUCCUAUUUUCGGCCUUCUUUGACUUUGUUUUAUCUUUACAAAAACCAUUUAAGCAAAAAUAUAUUUUCUGGAAGAGUAACAACAAAUCGCCGUUGACAAAGAAAAAGCAGAAAAAAUGGACUGUGGCGGUGGCGGUGGAUUCAUGAUUGAAAUAGUCAAAGAGAAAGAUGAUAGUGGUAACGUUUGACCUGGAAGAAGAAGAAGCAAAGGCCACGGAGAAACAGAGAAGGACUUGUCUCUUAUAUAUUCAUGCCUCUUUCUUCUCUCUCGUUGACACUAAAACAGAGAAACACAAACGUCUAGAGGACAUACAAUCAGAACCAAUCAUCAAAAAAGUAAACUUUUAAGUUUUAUACGAAACGAUGUCGUUUUUAGUUGCCGUUUGCAACUCGCCGGUGUUCUCUCCGUCCUCGUCACUUUUCUGCAGCAAACCGCUGAACAUUUCCCCGGCGCAUGAAACCCUAACCCUGUCUCUUUCCCAUCUCAAUCCUCCCGUUUCUUCUCUUUCUCCCUCCUCCGCUGCGUCUCCCACAUCUCCGUUCUGCCUCCGUCUCCCGAAACCACAGGCUAAACAAGGGUUUGGAUCCGACCCUGGUCCCGGAGGCGUUCUUAAGAGGAAACGACCGAUGAGGCUUGAUAUACCUGUGGCUCCGGUGGGCAUUGCAGCUCCGAUAUCGGAAACGGCGGUGAAUGCACAGACGCCGAGGGAGGAGAGUAGAGAGGUGGAGAGGGACGGUGAUGGUUACUCGGUUUAUUGCAAGAGAGGUAAAAGAGCAGCUAUGGAAGAUCGUUUCUCUGCCAUCACAAAUAUUCAAGGAGAACCCAAAAAGGCAAUAUUCGGAGUCUAUGAUGGUCAUGGAGGACCAAUAGCGGCUGAGUUUGCGGCUAAGAACUUGUGUAAUAACAUUCUAGGAGAGAUAGUUGGUGGGGGGAACGAGUCAAAGAUUGAAGAAGCAGUUAAACGUGGUUAUCUAGCGACUGAUUCUGAGUUUCUCAAGGAAAAAGACGUUAAGGGCGGCUCGUGCUGUGUCACGGCUCUGAUCAGCGACGGGAAUCUUGUGGUUGCUAAUGCUGGCGACUGCCGUGCUGUUUUGAGCUUUGGAGGAUACGCGGAAGCCCUGACUUCUGACCACCGACCUUCGAGGGACGAUGAACGAAACAGAAUUGAGAGCUCGGGCGGUUAUGUCGAUACAUUCAAUAGUGUUUGGAGAAUCCAAGGAUCUUUAGCGGUAUCUAGAGGAAUAGGAGAUGCUCAUCUCAAACAAUGGAUAAUAUCUGAACCAGAGACAAAGAUUCUACGAAUCAAUCCCCAACACGAGUUCUUGAUCUUAGCAUCAGACGGUCUAUGGGACAAGGUUAGUAAUCAGGAGGCAGUAGACAUAGCUCGACCAUUUUGCAUAGGAACCGAUCAAAAACGGAAGCCAUUGUUAGCUUGCAAGAAGCUCGUUGACCUCUCUGUAUCACGAGGCUCCUUGGACGAUAUUAGUGUGAUGUUGGUUCCGUUGUGCCGCUUCUUCUGACCAUAGGAGAAAUGUACAGACAAGAUAACAAUCUAGACGUUAGAGUUUGAAGUCAUUCUUACAUUCUUUAAUUCGUUUUUAACUUCAUUUAGUUAUUAGGAUACUUUGUAUAUACAUCUUAGAUUGUCUCUACUUUCGCUGUCCAUCUUCUAUGUAAUAACUCUAUAAAGCUUGUAUGUGAGUACGAUACUACUCAAUACAAUAUAGUACUAUACUCUUUUCUAAGAUAAUGCAGGUCGAAUUAAAUGUGUAGUCUAGCUAGUGGUCUGUUUUAAAACUUCAUAAAAUUCUUGUUUUAAAAGUUUUUUACUUUUUUCGUUUAUAUAGACGCAUUGUUAGCUAAAAUUUUUGAAAGUUCACAAAUAUCUUAGCUAUUAACUUAAUCCUAUAUAUACUGA